AUGAAUCUCAAGCUGUUCCAGGCUCUCGCCUUUGCGGGCCUCUGCGUCCAAGGGGCCGUGGCGGCAGUCGCACCUACCUUUGUCGUAACGAACAUUGAUACUCUCCCGGCGACCCGUGUCACGGUCACCAGGAUUGCAACGCCCGUUUCCUCGAUAGUCCUUCAGACAACGACCACAAAGACCUCAACUAAAUCGACUAGCACUGUCGUUCAAUCCUCGUCUUCGUCAACCAAGACUACGUCGACUAAGACUACGUCGACUACAUCGAGUACUACUAGUACCUCGAUAAACCCUACGUUUACGGCGAAGGAUCCCAUCCUCGAUGGCAUCCGUAACCAAAGCAUGCUCGCAGACAUCAGAGGCAUCUACGAUCUUCCAACUAAAGAUCAAGUCAUCAGGAAUGCCACGUUGAAUGCUACCGACAUUCAGGGCGAUAUCUUGGUCGGAAUGAAGAAGAAGCUCGAAUUGUUCUACUUCUUCCACAUUAACGAACCUAAGUCAUUCAAGAAGAAGUUCCAUACCUAUGUGGUUCCUCGUGUCACCAGCACCCUCGAUCUCCUCAGCGUCAGCAGUCAGCCCGUCGUUUGCCUCAACGUCGCUUUUAGCCAGACUGGCCUCUACACACUUGGUAUCAACGAUAAUCUCUUCGACAGCCCAUUCUCAAACGGUCAGGCUGCCGAUGCCAACAAUCUUGGUGACCCCGGCUUCAAGUAUUGGCUCAACGCUUUCAUUGGCACCAAAAUUCAUGGUGUAUUCCUCAUCGCCUCUGAUGACAUGAUUAACAUCAAUGCGAUGGUGAACUGGCUCGAAGCCUUGUUUGGUUCGGAUAUAACCAAGAUGCAUGAGCUUCAAGGCAACAUUCGUCCACCACCAUAUGAUGGUCACGAAAUGUUUGGAUAUCUCGACGGUGUCAGCCAGCCUGCCGUCGCUGGCUUUAACAUCAACCCGGUCCCAGGUCAACAACUUAUUAAUGCUGGUGUUAUUCUCGUCGGUGAGGUGGGCGAUACCUUGCAGUCUGUCCGACCGGCGUGGGCAAAAGACGGGUCUUUCCUCGUUUUCAGGCAACUUCAGCAAUUUGUUCCGGAAUUCGAUCAGUUCUUGCGCGAUUGGGCACCACCUGCGCCUGCAUCUAUGCCAGGGAUGACUCUCGCCCAGCGUGCAGACUUGCUGGGAGCUCGUAUGAUGGGUCGCUGGAAGAGUGGUGCACCUGUCGAUCUGACGCCGCUUGUUGACAAUCCGGCCCUUGGAGCUAACCCCAAUGCCAACAACAACUUUGACUACUCCCACACUGGCUUCAAUCUGGCCACCGACCAGAGCCACUACCAGAAUACUCCUCUGAAUGCAAUCAUGCGAGCUGGUAUCCCAUAUGGACCAGAACCGACACAACAGGAAUAUGCCACCAAUACUUCGUCCCAGGAUCCUGACAUGGAGCGCGGUCUUGCAUUUGUCUCCUAUCAGUCCCAGAUCGAUCGGGGCUAUCGCUUUAUCCAGAUGAAGUGGGCCAACGAUGUCAACUUUGCGCCUGGCAAGACCCCCCAGCCCGGGUUCGACAUGAUCUUUGGCAACAGUAACGGCGGAACCAUCUGGAUGUCGGGCGCAGACGUCGACCACCCUAACGAUAUUAUAAAAGCUUGGCAGUUCUGGGUUCUCGCCAGAGGCGGAGAAUACUUCUUCAGUCCUUCCAUCUCUGCGCUCAAGAAUGUCAUCUCAGUUUAG